AUGCAUUUUUUCGGUCAUGAGGAAAUCAACCUUCUUGAAGCAGCAUAGGAUGGGAAACUGGAAUUUAUAUAGUAGUAAUUGGCAUCAUUGGCGUCGAAAUAACUUUAAGAAGCUUGUAAGAAAUCUGAUUAUUAUGGCAGGAAUGCUUUACAUUAUGUAAAGAAAUAUUUUAUAUAGGCUGCAUAUAGAGGACAUUACGAAGUAGUAGAAUACUUUCUAAAUUUACAGUGUUUGGAUUUGAAUUCCACCGAUAAACAAGGGAAUUCCGCCCUUAUGUUGGUCUGCGUGAGAGGAUAUAAUCAAGAUUUUGACGAAUCAGUAGAACAGAGUGAUCAUACAGAUUGUGAUUUUAGAAAAUACAAAAUAGCAAAGAUGUUAUUGUAGAGAGGAGCAAGCUUAUAACAUUAUUUGAAAGAUCACAUCAACAAUCCAUUACAUUGGGCUUGCUAUUUUGGAGAUUUAAAACUUGCUUAAUUAUUAUUGUAUUAUAAUCCGGAAUUAAUGUUGAGGAAAAAUGAUAGACAUUAAUUUCCAAUUGAUAUUGCUUUGACUAACGGAAAAGAUCCAGAAUGUUAAAAGUAAGUAGUAAAAUACUUGAUUGUGAAAUUCUUAGCCCAUUUCUUAAAUAGUGAAUAAUAAAUAAUCUAACUAUAAGAGUUGAAUAAAGAUUUGGAUUUUGGUGAUAGAGAUAUAAUGUCAGAUCAUCGUUAUAAUUGUUAAAAAAUGGAUAGAAAAAUUUAUGAGAGUGUAGGUUUGAAUUAUUUAUUUUGGGCUAGUGUUCUCGGUGAUGAGGACUUAGUGAUUCCUUUUUUAAAAUAAUAAUUUUCUGCUUUUGCACCAUCAUAUAAGGGUAGAAAUGCAGUUCAUGCAGCCACAUACUAAGGACAUGAAAAAUUGGUGCAAUUGUUUUUUGAGUAAGGUUAUAGUGAAAACAAGAAAAUACCAUCUAAAAAAUUAGUAAAUCUAAUGACAAUUGAAAAACCUUAAACGGCAUUACAUAUUGCAGUUGAACAAAGACAUGAAAAUAUAGUGAACUACUUAAUUAAAUUAGGGGCAGAUCACAAUAUAUAUAAUUUCAGAAAUUAAGCAGCAUUCGCUUCAUCCAGAUCUGCUAGAAUCAAAGAACUUAGACAAACAUUGUUAUAAACAGAAAAAAAUCUUAUUAGGAGUGGAUACAAAUAUGUGCUUGUUGGAACAAAUAUGAGUGCAAAUUUAGUCAAAUAACAAUUAAACAAUAUUAAAGAGAAGGUGAUAGGUGGUAAGUUCAAGGCUGUUCCUCUUAAAUCAUAUAAUGAAUCAUGCAUGUAUUAUAUAAUAAAGGUGUAAAAUCAAUUAAAAAAUGAAGUGGCUCAUAAGGAGAAAAUGAUGAUUUAUAAUUUCACACAGGGAAUUAUCUGUCCUUUCAAUAAAGAUAAGGCCUAUAUGUAUGAAAACUUUCAUCAUUAUCAUGACUAAUAGAUCAUUUUAACCUUAUUAUAUGAUGAAUUCAAUUUGGAUUAAUUUAUGCAUGAUUAACUACUAUUAGAUCAUUUCCCAUUGCAUGAUGAAGAAGAAAAGAAAUUAAUAUACAAUUAAUGGAAAUGUGAGAAAUGGGAUUUGUUAAAGGAGCCUUUAUCAUUAUACCAAAAUAGAUGUAGAACUCCGAGUGCAAUUAAAGCAUACUUUGGAUCUGAAGGAGGGUUUUUCUUUGUAUUUUUAAGUUUUUUUACAACUUGGCUAUUUUUACCUGCUAUUCCUGGUAUAAUGCUUGGAGUAUAUAUUUAUUCAACUAACAGAUUUGAUACUUUAUUUGUCCCAAUAUACACAAUUGCAUUGGCUGUUUGGGCUACUAUUUUUUUUGAAUUUUGGAAGAGGAAAUAGAGUGAGACAAUGUUUCAAUUUGAUAUGCAUGUAGAGACAGAACAAAAGAAGAAAAUACAAUCAUUUCAAGGUUAAUUUUGGAUAGAUGAUGUUACACAUAAGAUCGAAAUACAAUACUCAAAGAGAGACAAGUGGAAGUAUUAUAAGACUUCUUUUCCAUUAGUACUUUUGGCUGUCAUAAUGAUUGCUGGAGAAUAGAUUGCCUAUCAAUACAUUAUCUCGCUCUAAAAUAGAACCACUAAUUAUACUAUUAUCUGCUCUAUAGGUUUAGGGAUCUCUAUUAAAAUUACAAAUGAGAUUUUCAAUUACUUUGCUAAAUUAUCAAUGAAAUACGAAAAUCAUCAAUAUCAGAAUGAAUUAGAGGAUGUCUACAUUAUUAAGGUAUUUUCAUUCACAUUCUUAAACUCGUUUGUUAGACUCUUCUACAAAUCCAUCAUAAAUCCUGAUUCAGAUGAACUCAAUAUAAUGUCAAUAACUUUGACGAUUGUUUGGGCAAUUGUCCAUUUAACAAGAUUUACAAUAAUACCCUUAAUUAAACAUCAAAUAAGAAGUUAUUUUCUAAAUACUGAAUAUCAAUAAUACAUGUUAAAAAAAUGGAAAAAGACGUAUGUUUCAUAGGUCGCAAGUGUUUUAGAGAAUAAUACUGAAAAUUAAGUAAAUAAAAGUUUUGAUAGAAGUAGCAUGAGUGGUAAAAGAUUUCUUAAAACAGUUGAAUAAAAUAGGAUUAUGAUGCCCACACCUAAUCAUAUUGAUCAAUUCACAUAUUUUAUUAUUCAAUUUUGUAUGGUUACUAUGUUCAGUGCUAGUUCUCAAUUGAUUCCUGUGGCCAUUUUGUUAUUUAAUAUCUUCACUAUUGAUAGCCUUCUAUAUGCUUAUAUCACAUUUGUCAAGAGACCUAUUGCAGAGGCCAAAAGAUCCAUUGGUUUAUGGAAUGACAUUCUACUAAUUGUGGGAUACAUCGGAACAGUCAUCAAUUGCUUGACUAUUUAUUAGGCAAAUUAAGAUUAAUUGAACAAUUUGAUUGGAGGAUAAGAUAGCCAUACAAAUGAGGAGACUUUUGCACUUAGAAACUUUCUAUUGCUGAUUGCCGCUGAACAUAUAGUGAUCGGAUUAAAAUUUCUAAUUGAAUAAGUAAUACCUGAUGAGCCUGUGUGGGUUACGAAAAUGAUGCAAAGAUAAGAAUAUUUAUAUGAAUAGAUGCUAAAUAAAAUCUAUGACAGUAAUGAUUCAUCUUAAAAAUCCAAGCAUGAUUGA